AUGCUAUCCUCUUCCGUCUCACCUAGUGUCCUCUUCCGCUUCGUCUGCUAUCCUCUUCCACCUCACAUGAUAUCCUCUUCCGCUUCACCUGCUAUCCCCUUCCACCAUAUCUGCUAUCCUCUUCCGCCUCACCUGCUAUCCUCCUCCGCUUCACAUGCUAUCCUCCUCCGCCUCACCUGCUAUCCCCUUCCGCCUCAUCUGCUAUCCUCUUCUGCUGCACCAGUUCGAUCGAAAUUCUUUAGUUUGAUCGAAGACGACGUGUCUAAUAUCAUGGUCCCCGAGCAAAAUAACAUAGUCCGCAGCAUUUUGAUGACAACAUGUGACAUCGCUGCCAUUACCAAACCGUGGGAAGUCCAAAGACAGAAUUUGUUCGUCGAGAUCGAGGAAAACAUUUCCCGUUCGAAAACUGAUCAAGCCGUUGUUAACUUGAUACUUCAUGACAGACGGAAUGAAUAUUACUUGGCUUUUCUUCUCAUAUUUUAUCUUUCUUACUUUCUUUCUUUAUUUCUUUCUUUCUUUCUUUCUUUCUUUCUUUCUUCUCCUUACUCACCCGGAUUUCUGAACCUCUUUCCUUUUCAUUCUUUCUUUGUAAUAUUACCUUAUCCAAUUUUCUCUCGUCCAUUUCCCUUAUCGUUUUUUUCUUUCUUUUUCUUUCUCAAAUCAAAUACUUUUUUCUUUCUAUUCUAUUUUUUUCCUCCAUUAAUCUCCUUUCUCCCAUUGCAUCGUCAUAUUUCCAUCUCUCAAGAAUUAACGAUAUUCUUAUUUUUCUCUUGUUUCCUUCGACUCUGUGAAUUCCGCUGCCAAAUCAAAUCCAGUUUAAAAAUCGUAUCUCUUAUUUUGCUUCUCCGUCCUUGUCUUUUUUCUUUUUUUAAAUUUAAUCUACUUUUUCUCAUUUUAAACCAAACCCGACAUCGACUGGAAAAGGUGAACACCAGCAAGACACAACUCCGGGCUAAACACAUGACGGAAUCACUCUUUCCUUUUAAAAUAAUUUCUUCCCCAUUUUUCAUAUUUGAAAAAGUUUACUUCACAUCUUUCUUCUUUCAUUCUUUCUUUGUUUCAUUCUUUCUUUUUUCUGCUUACUCAUCUGACCUUCUGACCCACUUUCUUUCUUUCUUUCGUUUUUAUUUAUUUAUAUCUAUUUUCUUCUCACCUUUGUUUCUAUUCUUUCUUUCUUUCUUUAUUUCUUUCUUUCUAAUUCUGCCUUGUCCAUGUUUCUCAUUCUCUUUUCUUUUCUUCGGAUUUUCCUCAUCCAGUUUUCUUCUCACCUUUGUUUCUAUUCUUUCUUUCUUUAUUUAUUUCUUUCUUUCUAAUUCUGCCUUGUCCAUUUUUCUUCUCACCUUUGUUUCUAUUCUUUCUUUCUUUCUUUCUUUCUUUUCUAAUUCUGCCUUGUUCAUGUUUCUCAUUCUCUUUUUUUUUUUUUCGGUUUUUCCUCAUCCAGUUUUCUUCUCACCUUUAUUUUCCUCAUCCAGUUUUCUUUCUCACCUUUUGUUUCUAUUCUUUCUUUCUUUAUUUAUUUCUUUUCUUUCUAAUUCUGCCUUGUCCAUGUUUCUCAUUCCUUUUUUUUUUUUUUCGGAUUUUCCUCAUCCAGUUUUCUUCUCACCUUUGUUUCUAUUCUUUCUUUUCUUUCUUUCUUUCUUUCUUUCUUUUCUAAUUCUGCCUUGUCCAUGUUUCUCAUUCUCUUUUCUUUUUUUGGAUUUUCCUCAUCCAGUUUUUUCUCACCUUUUUUCUACCUUUGUUUCUUUUCUUUUUUCUUUCUUUCUUUCUUUCUUUCUAAUUCUACCUUGUCCAUGUUUCUCAUUCUCUUUUCUUUUUUUCGGAUUUUCCUCAUCCAGAUUUUUCUUCUCACCUUUGUUUCUAUUCUUUUCUUUCUUUCUUUCUUUCUUUCUUUCUUUCUUUCUUUCUAAUUCUGCCUUGUCCAUGUUUCUCUCAUUCUCUUUUCUUUUCUUGGAUUUUCCUCAUCAGUUUUCUUCUCACAUUUGUUUCUAUUCUUUCUUUUUUUUCUUUAUUUCUUUCUUUCUUUUUCUUUCUUUCUUUCUUUCUAAUUCUGCCUUGUCCAUGUUUCUCAUUCUCUUUUCUUUUUUUUUCGGAUUUUCCUCAUCCAGUUUUCUUCUCACCUUUGUUUCUGUUCUUUCUUUUCUUUCUUUUUUCUUUUUUUUCUUUCUAAUUCUGCCUUGUCCAUGUUUCUCAUUCUCUUUUCUUUUUUUUCGGAUUUUCCUCAUCCAGUUUUCUUCUCACCUUUGUUUCUAUUCUCUUUCUUUCUUUCUUUCUUUUUUUCUUUCUUUCUUUCUUUCUAAUUCUGCCUUGUCCAUGUUUUUUUCAUUCUCUUUUCUUUUUUUCGGAUUUUUCCUCAUCCAGUUUCUUCUCACCUUUGUUUCUAUUCUUUCUUUCUUUCUUCUUUCUUUCUUUCUAAUUCUACCUUGUCCAUUUUUCUUCUCACCUUUGUUUCUUCUUUCUUUCUUUCUUUUUUUUUCUUUUCUUUAUUUCUUUCUUUCUAAUUCUGCCUUGUCCAUGUUUCUCAUUCUCUUUUCUUUUUUUCGGAUUUUCCUCAUCCAGUUUUCUUCUCACAUUUGUUUCUAUUCUUUCUUUCUUUCUUUCUUUCUUUCUUUCUUUCUUUCUUUCUUUCUUUCUUUCUUUCUAAUUCUGCCUUGUCCAUUUUUCUUCUCACCUUUGUUUCUAUUCUUUCUUUCUUUCUUUAUUUCUUUCUUUCUUUCUAAUUCUGCCUUGUCCAUGUUUCUCAUUCUCUUUUCUUUUUUUCGGAUUUUCCUCAUCCAGUUUUCUUCUCACCUUUGUUUCUAUUCUUUCUUUCUUUUUUUUUUUUUUCUUUCUUUUUUCUUUCUAAAUCUGCCUUGUCCAUGUUUCUCAUUUCUUUUUUUUUUUUCGGAUUUUCCUCAUCCAGUUUUUCUUCUCACCUUUGUUUCUAUUCUUUCUUUCUUUUUUUUUUUUCUUUCUUUCUUUCUAAUUCUGCCUUGUCCAUGUUUCUCAUUCUCUUUUUAUUUUUUCGGAUUUUCCUCAUCCAGUUUUCUUCUCACCUUUGUUUCUUUUCUUUCUUUCUUUCUUUCUUUCUUUUUCUUUCUUUCUUUCUUUCUAAUUCUGCCUUGUCCAUGUUUUUCAUUCUCUUUUCUUUUUUUUCGGAUUUUUCCUCAUCCAGUUUUCUUCACCUUUUUUUUUUCCAGUUUUCUUCUCACCUUUGUUUCUCUUUCUUUCUUUCUUUUUUCUUUUCUUUCUUUAUUUCUUUCUUUCUUUCUAAUUCUGCCCUUUCCAUGUUUCUCAUUUCUUUUUUUUUUUUCGGAUUUUUCCUCAUCCAGUUUUCUUCUCACCUACAUUUGUUUUUCUUUCUUUCUUUCUUUUUUCUUUCUUUCUUUCUUUCUUUCUUGCCUUUCUUUCAUUCUCUUUUUCUUUUUUUCGGAUUUUUCUCAAGUUUUCUGCCUUUGUUUUUUUCUUUUCUUUCAUUUUUUCUUUCUUUCCAUUUUCUUUUUUCUAAUUUUCUUGUCCAUGUUUUCAUUCUCUUUCUUUGCUCAUCUUGUUUUCUUCUCACCUUUGUUUCUAUUCUUUCUUUUCUUUCUUUUUUCUUUCUUUCUUUUUUCUAAUUCUGCCUUGUCCAUGUUUCUCAUUCUCUUUUUUUUUUUUCGGAUUUUCCUCAUCCAGUUUUUUCUCACCUUUGUUUCUAUUCUUUCUUUCUUUCUUUUCUUUCUUUCUUUCUUUUCUAAUUCUGCCUUUUUUUCCUCAUCCAGUUUUCUUCUCACCUUUGUUUUUUUUCUUUCUUUCUUUUCUUUUUUUUUCUUUAUUUUCUUUCUUUCUAAUUCUGCCUUGUCCAUUUUUCUUCUCCCUUUGUUUCUAUUCUUUUCUUUCUUUCUUUCUUUCUUUUCUUUCUUCUUUUCUAAUUCUGCCUUGUCCAUGUUUCUCAUUUCUUUUUUUUUUUCGGAUUUUUCCUCAUCCAGUUUUUUUCUCACCAUUUUUUCUUUCUUUCUUUCUUUCUUUUUUCUUUCUUUCUUUUUUCUUUCUUUCUUUCUUUCUAAUUCUGCCUUGUCCAUGUUUCUCAUUCUCUUUUUUUUUUUUCGGAUUUUCCUCAUCCAGUUUUUUCUUCUCACCUUUUUUGUUUCUUUCUUUCUUUAUUUCUUUUUCUUUCUUUCUUUUCUUUCUUUCUUUCUUUUAAUUCUGCCUUGUCCAUGUUUCUCAUUCUCUUUUUUUUUUUUUUCGGAUUUUCCUCAUCCAGUUUUCUUCUCACAUUUUUUUCUACUUUUUUCUUUCUUUUCUUUUUUCUUUCUUUCUUUCUUUUUUUUUUAUUUCUCCCUAAUUCUUGUCCAUGUUUCUCAUUCUCUUUUCUUUUUUUCGGUUUUUUCCUCAUCCAGUUUUUUCUCACCUUUGUUUCAAUUCUUUCUUUCUUUUUUCUUUCUUUCUUUCUUUUUCUUUCUUUCUUUCUUUUCUAAUUCUGCCUUGUCCAUUUUCUUCUUCAUUUGUUUCUAUUCUUUCUUUCUUUCUUUAUUUCUUUCUUUCUUUCUUUCUUUCUUUCUUUCUUUUUCUUUCUUUCUAAUUCUGCCUUGUCCAUGUUUUCUCAUUUCUUUUCUUUUUCGGAUUUUCCUCAUCCAGUUUUCUUCUCACAUUUGUUUCUAUUCUUUCUUUUUCUUUCUUUAUUUCUUUCUUUUUUCUUUCUUUUUUCUUUCUUUAUUUCUGCCUUUUCUUUCCAAUUCUUUCUCAUUCUCUUUUUUUCUUUUUUUCGGAUUUUCCUCAUCAGUUUUCUUCUCAUUUGUUUCUAUUCUUUCUUUCUUUCUUUUUUUCUUUCUUUUUUUCUUUCUUUCUUUUUCUAAUUCUGCCUUGUCCAUUUUUUUUUUUCACUUUCUUUCUUUGUUUCUAUUCUUUCUUUCUUUCUUUCUUUCUUUCUUUCUUUCUAAUUCUGCCUUGUCCAUGUUUCUCAUUCUCUUUUCUUUUUUUCGGAUUUUCCUCAUCCAGUUUUCUUCUCACCUUUGUUUCUAUUCUUUCUUUCUUUCUUUCUUUCUUUCUUUCUUUCUAAUUCUGCCUUGUCCAUGUUUCUCAUUCUCUUUUCUUUUUUUCGGAUUUUCCUCAUCCAGUUUUCUUCUCACCUUUGUUUCUAUUCUUUCUUUAUUUCUUUCUUUCUUUUCUAAUUUGCCUUGUCCAUUUUUUUUCUCACCUUUGUUUCUAUUCUUUCUUUCUUUUCUUUUCUUUUCUUUCUUUCUUUCUUUCUUUUUCAUGUUUCUUUCUUUUCCUUUUCCAUUUUUCAUCAGUUUUCUUUCCUUUUUUUCUUUUUUUCUUUUUUCCUCUUUCUUUUUUUCUUUCUUCCUAAUUGCCUUGUUUGUUUCUCAUUCUCUUCCUUUUUUUCGGUUUUUCCUUCCAGUUUUCUUUUCACCUUUGUUUCUUUCUUUCUUUCUUUUUUAA